ACAGUUGUUUUGCAACUGCUGACGGGCAUUACAGUAGACGUUUUAUAGAGCCUAUAAGGACUUUGGCGUUACUCAAACAUUAUUACUACAAGGUUAUACAGGCUACUGCACGAACUGUACAUCUCUUGUAACUUUGUUGUAGAAAAUGACAAACGUCGAUCUCGAUCAAGUUGGAAAGAACUUGUUGAAGAGCGCUGAAACUGGAGAGAGUGUAGAGCUCCAGUCUCUGUGGCAGAACCAGCCGGUGGUCUUUUUCUUCCUGCGCAGGUUUGGCUGUCAGGUGUGUCGUUGGAUAGCAUCAGAGAUCAGCAAACUAGAGCCGAACCUGAGAGCCAGCGGUGUAGCGCUGGUGGGAGUUGGACCAGAAGAGUUUGGUCUGAAGGAAUUCAAGGAAGGCGGGUUUUUCAAAGGAUCCAUUUACAUUGAUGAACAAAAGAAAAGCUACAAGGAUUUAGGCUUCAAAAGGUACACAGCCAUAAGUUUGGUUCCUGCAGCUCUGGGGAAGAAAGUACGAGAUGUAGCUGCAAAGGCCAAAGCUGAUGGCAUCCAGGGAAACUUCUCAGGAGAUCUGCUUCAGAGCGGAGGCAUGCUCAUUGUUGCCAAAGGUGGAGAAAAGGUCCUAUUGCACUUUAUCCAGGAUUCACCGGGAGACCACCUACCUCUGGAGGAUAUUUCCAAGGCUUUGGGUAUCUCAGCCAAAGUAGAAGAAGGACAGCGGCCAGUGUGCAAUGAUGACGUUUGUACACGAUGAUGACCUCGCUACCCAUUGUACCUGAUGAAUAUAAUAGAAGAAGUGGAAUGUCAUCAAAAUACUAAAGUGAACAUAACACUGCUGGUAGUAUUUCUAAUUGCUUGUAAUUUUUUUGUGACUUUUUUUAAUCUGUAGUGACAUUCCUUUAUAAUGAUUACCUUCAAUUGUAAAAAAAAAAUAAAUAAAUAAAUAAAUAAUAAUAAAAAAUGUCAUGGAUUUUCAACUUUCCUUACACAUACUGAUCAUGAUUGUUUUGUUUUUUUAAAUUGGCUAUUUAUGAAUUUGCAUGUAUUACUCUGUUUAUAAAAUAAAUAUAUAAAUGAU